AGUUACACCGCUGCGUUUGAGGUCGCGGGGAGACAAGCCGGUGUGUUGACACAGGUAACCGAGGCGUGGCCAGGCGCACAGGUGGGAGAAGAAGAAGAAGAAGGAGGGAAAAAAAAGCGAGCUCAUCAUCUUGCAGCCGCUGUUUCUCUUCCUGCCCUGCUUUGCAGCGCUGCGCUCCGGUUAUGGCCCCGAGUGGCGUGGGGAAGUGCUCGCUCUUCUUCUACCUCGCCCUGGCGUUCGACGCCGGCGGCCUGGCGGUGCUCCUCGUCGGCAUUUUCGGCCACCCGACCGCAGGCGGCCGCUUCUACGGGGACUUCCUCGUCUACACGGGCUCCGUCAUCAUCUUCUUCAGCCUGAUGUGGUGGGUGCUGUGGUACACGGGCAACGUGCACCUGUACGCGCCGGGGCGCAGGAGGGACUCUCCGGACGCCGGCCUCACGCAGUGGGCCAGGAAGUUGUCCGAGGGGUUCUCCAAGGGCGGCGGCGGGAAGCCCCUGAAAGCGGCGGAGGACGAGGGGGAGAUGAAGAGGAAGAAGACGGGUGGAGAGGUGAAGGAGGCGAAGGGCACCGUGCGCUUCUCUGCGCCGCCUCGGAUUACAUGGGAGUCCGGCGGCGGCGGCCAGAAUAACGAGGGCUUCGACGGAUGGAGCGAGGGCGCGUCUCCGGCUGAUAAAAACCUGGAGCCGGGCGUCCUGACGGUGGCGGUUCUGCAGGCGGGGGACACUAAAGCAGAGAGGCUCCUCUGACACAACACGAUGGCGUUGCCGGUGCUCCUGGACAUGAGCUACUUCCUGUUUUUUUUGUUUUUGUUUUUAUUUUCCCCUUCUCCCCUGAGAUUUCAACAGACUUUUAACGUUUAAACUUGUGGGCGAAAGUCACGUCCAUGAGAACGUCUUGCCCGGUGCAGAGGAAAGCUGACGGGUGAAGAAAACGUGCAUCUCAUUUUCAUGUUUGUCUGUGUCACUGUAUGUAUAUUUGUGUCUAAAUUAUUUUUGGGAAUAAAGUGCAAAGACAUUUAAAUGUGGUCAUGUGACUCUGAGCGGUGGACGCUGUCUGCUUAACUGAAGGAAGAAGGUAAUCCUUACCAAAGUGUCACCUUUCUGAUGUCUGUAAUCACAAAUAAAUGUUUGGGACGUGA